GGCAAAUUUGCAUAUGUAAUUUCCAGGUUGAAUAAGAAAAAACCUGUGCGCAACUAAUUUUUAACUUUGCAUACAUCUCAAGUGAGUGUGUUUGAGACUUGAAGUCAGUGGAAGUAACGUCACUUUUCAGGUUACGUAAUGCCUAAUACCCCCUGUGGGAAUUCUGUAUGUCCAUCUGGCAACGCUGCUUACUGUUAUAACCCCCAUCUACCACAUCAUUCUAAAAAACUUACGUAAGACGUAAGCAGAAGUAAUUAAGUUGUAUGUUACUCAUGUUCCAGCCGGUUAAGUACACGAUGUUCCUAAGUAAGAUCGGCCCCUUGAAGACCCGUUGCCCCACAGAAUUGGGCAUUAUAUUCAAAGUGGCCCCAGCUGUCUCGGUAUCCUGUAACCAGAGACGUGGUUAUGCUGAUCAUAUGAUGCCCGAGCGACUAAAAGAUAUGGCCACCAAGUCCAACCCUAAGUUUUUCGACAUGAUAGAAUAUUUCUUCCACAAGGCUUGCCUACUUGUGGAAGACAAGUUGGUGGAAGACUUGGGCAAAGUGAAGGGCUCCAAGUUGAGCCUUGAACAGCGCAAAGCGAAAGUUAAAGGUAUCUUACAUCACAUGGAGCAGUGCGAUAAUGUUCUGGAGGUAGCCUUUCCUAUUAAAAGAGACAAUGGCGAUUAUGAGAUCAUCAGCGGUUACAGAGCUCAACACAGUACUCAUAGGACACCUUGUAAAGGAGGAAUGCGAUUUUCUAUGGAUGUCUCACGUGACGAAGUAAAAGCCUUGGCAGCCUUGAUGACCUUCAAGUGCGCAUGCGUGGACGUGCCUUUUGGCGGUGCCAAAGCUGGAGUACGCAUAGACCCCAAAAAGUAUUCAGAACAUGAACUGGAGAAAAUUACCAGGCGAUUCACCUUAGAAUUGGUCAAAAAAGGAUUCAUAAGCCCCAGUAUUGAUGUACCAGCUCCGGAUAUGGGCACAGGUGAACGCGAAAUGUCGUGGUUGGCUGAUACCUAUGCCAAAACUAUUGGUUAUCAAGAUAUAAACAGUCACGCUUGCGUAACUGGAAAGCCUAUCAACCAGGGUGGAAUUCACGGCCGCGUAUCAGCAACUGGCAGGGGAGUAUUCCACGGUAUCGAAAAUUUUCUGAAUGAGGAGAACUACACCAAAAUGUGCGGUCUAAGUAAGCCAGGCAUUAAGGAUAAGACAGUUAUCAUCCAGGGUUUUGGUAAUGUUGGCCUGCACAGUAUGAGAUACCUGCAUCGGUAUGGAGCGAAAAUCAUCGGUGUCAUCGAGUGGGAUGGAGCUAUAUUCAAUGAAAAUGGAAUGGAUCCAAAGGAACUUGAAGAUUAUACACUAGCGAACGGUACUAUAAUGGGAUUCCCCAACGCUAAGAAGUACGAUGGCAAUCUACUGUUUCAUGAAUGUGACAUCUUAGUACCAGCAGCCGCAGAAAAGGUUAUUCACAAAGAAAAUGCGGAUCAGAUCAAGGCAAAAGUGAUAGCAGAAGCAGCCAACGGCCCUCUGACACCAGCAGCGGAUCAGAUGCUGUUGAAGCGUAAUGUAAUGAUAAUCCCAGACUUAUAUUUGAACGCCGGCGGAGUGACGGUAUCUUUCUUCGAAUGGUUGAAAAACAUUAAUCAUGUUUCUUAUGGCAGACUGACCUUCAAGUAUGAGAAGGACUCGAAUUACUACCUUCUUCAGUCAGUUCAAGAGUCGCUGGAGCGGAAUUUCUCAGAGAAAGGAAAGAUACCCAUAGUGCCUUCUAUGUCUUUCCAAAAAAGGAUAGCCGGUGCUUCAGAAAAGGACAUUGUGCAUUCAGGUCUUAGUUACACUAUGGAACGAUCGGCUAAGUCACGUAUUGUAUUGUGAAAAAUAGUAUACACAUACCUUUGUGAAGAAGUAAGCGAUUAUUGGCCGAGAACUUUUUUAUCAUAACUUAGCGCUGAGGAAUAUAAUGUGCGAGGACAAUAAUUGUCUUCUCCAUCGAGAAUAACCCAAGGCACUGAUGAGAUCAGCAGAUAAGUACAACCUGGGUUUAGAUCUCAGAGCAGCUGCAUACAUCAAUUCUGUAGAAAAAAUCUUCACUACCUACUCAGAGGCAGGUCUUACAUUUUAACGAAGUGUAUGUUACAAGUUUCAUUAUAGCUUUAGCGCUGCGUCUGCAUUCUUAUAUAUGUAUACCAAAAUGCUGCUUACCAUUUAACUGCUUAUUACUUUUAAAUAUAUGUUCUUGGACUGUGAUGUGUUAUAUUAUGAAUUCAAAAUUCUCUGAAUAUGAUUCGUGAAAUCAUAAUACAUUCAAAAAUUUUAUGAAUUUACAAUCGAAACGGAAUAUUUUGUAUUCGUUUUAAGUUACUAUAGUACAAAUUGUGUAAUCAGUGAUCUAUUAGAAUAUGUAUCAGUUUUUUUUUUUUGAGGAAUAUGAUAAUUUGUAUUCUGUUUUUUAAUACACCACCACUACACGCCGAUUCUCUGGAAUGAACUAUUUUUGUUGAGUGUUG